AUGGAGCCGUCACUCCCAACCCCGGGCUCGAGCCUAUCUUUCUGGCACCAGACCACGCGUUCAUUUCCCUAUUUAAACGCUAAUCGUGAUACCAAGGUCCCCAGUUCAGCCAAAUACCUAAUCAUAGGGUCUGGCAUCUCUGGCGUACUCACAGCUUGGGAGCUGGUUAAUACUGGAGUGAAGGGAGAGGAAGUGUUGGUUUUAGAGGCAAGAGAAGCUGUUUCGGGCGCCACAGGAAGAAAUGCCGGUCACAUCAGACCUGAUGCUUUCCGCGGAUUUUCUGCAUUCUCAUCGAUUCACGGGCCCGACCAGGCGAAGAAGAUAAUCGAAAGCGAGAAGGUUGUCCUCGAAAAAGUCAAGCACUUCAUUGCAGCCCAUAAUAUUGACUGUGAUUUUGUUGAUUCUACAACCAUGGAUGUGUGUUUGACUAGGGAAUUCGAGGACUACCAAGCUAAAAGUUUUGCUGCCUUCAAAGCUGCUGGAGGGGAUGUCUCCCAUGUCAAGUAUUACCAAGGCAACGAAGCCAAGUCUAAGAGCAGAAACAAGGAUGCGCUGUCUGUAUACGAGUGGCCUGCAGCAUCCAACCAUCCUGCAAAGCUAACUCAGUGGAUUCUGAGCGACUUCAUACGCAAGGGAGGACAAAUAUGGACUCACUGUCCCGUUACAAAAGUUGAGAAGCACAGCCAAAGUCGUCAGUUCCGGUGGAACGUUCAUACCCCUCGAGGCGUAGUCGCAGCACAUACGGUCAUUCAUUGCACAAACGCAUACGCACCGGCUUUGCUCCCCCACCUGAUCAACUUCAUAACGCCUCUGAGGGCACAAGCUCACGCAUAUGUAGCAACCCCUGCUAUAUCUGGGGAAAAGAUUCUACAGACUACACUCUCCCUCCGAUACAGCCUCCAUCAUUUCUUUUCACUAAUACAACGCCCUAGCGAUGGCAUUGUGAUUAUGGGAGGAUCAUCCGUUAAAACCGCAGAGGCGAGUGAAAAGAUUGCAGCGAGCAAGGAGACAUACGACGACGGGGAUUACUCAGAACAGAUGGCUGAAAAUAGCAAGAAACAAUUCAAUGAUCUAUAUCUCGAACCUAGAUCAACCAAAACUCGGCCGGGAGAAGGAUUACCACAUGUUUGGACAGGUAUUUUAGGAAUGACAACAGACUCGAUCCCUCUGCUAGGUCCGAUUGAUGGACUUGAGGGUCAGUGGAUUUGCGCUGGGUUUAACGGCCAUGGUAUGGCUCGCAUCUUUUUACGCGCUCCCGGCUUGGUGAAACUUAUUUCUGGCAAAUCCUGGGAAAGUACAGGCCUGCCAGAGUGCUUCAGAUCAACCAGGGUUAAAAUGCAGAGGAUGGAACCAAGUAAACUGAAAAUGAGUAGGCCCAAGGUUAUGCUGCUGGGAACACUUGAACAUGCCCAAGAUGCAUGGUCAAGCCUCGCACCUAUCGCAGACAGUAUCAGGCCGAAGUCCACGAAUCGAGCCGAUUUCAUCAAGGAGGCCAAAUCAGGCGCUUUUGAUGGCGUUGUAGCCCUUUACCGUGACUACUAUUCAGUUACCGUAAGUGGCAGAUUUGAUGCCGAGCUUCUGGAUGCGAUGCCCAAGUCAUUCAAGUAUAUCUGCCACAACGGCGCUGGAUACGACCAGAUUGAUGUUGCGGCCUGCACAGAACGUGGUAUUCAGGUGUCCCACACCCCCGGCGCCGUGAAUGAAUCAACUGCCGACCUAGCAAUCUGGCUUGCAGUCGGGGCCCUUCGCAACCUGCCCAUUAGUGUGCAUUCUUGUCACGCCGGUGCCUGGAGAGGCAACCCGGCUCCUGCGUUGGGGCAUGACCCACAAGGAAAGACGAUGGGAAUUCUCGGAUUUGGAGGAAUCGGAAGGACGGUCGCCAAAAGAGCCAUGGCCUUCGGCAUGACCGUUAAUUUUUAUGAUCCAUUCCCAGUCGAUCCGAAGCUUCAUGGUGGAGCUCGCAGCGUGAGCCUCGAUACACUCCUCGAAGAGAGUGAUAUCAUCAGCAUUCACAUUCCUCUAACACCUGAAACGCACCACUUUAUCUCCACUCCUCAGUUUGACAAGAUGAAGGACGGAGUCGUUGUGGUCAACACCGCCCGUGGGCCGAUCCUGGACGAGGCUGCCCUUGUCAAAGCUCUCGCCUCGGGCAAGGUCGCUAGCGCAGGCCUCGACGUUUUCGAGAAGGAACCAGAGAUCAACCCAGGCCUUCUUGCCAACAAGAAGGUGCUUCUAGUCCCUCAUAUGGGAACUUGGAGUGUCGAAACUCAGACCAAGAUGGAAGUACUAGCUAUCGACAAUGUUCGGUCAGCAGUUACUAAAAACAAGCUCAUUACUCAGGUCCCUGAGCAAAGGUCGAUAGCCAAGCUAUAA